AAUAUCUUUUUGAGCAUUUUGGGUCUCUCUCUAGCCGAACCACCAAAGCGUCUCUACCUUUGCGUCACUGUGAAUCUGUGAGCACCCACCCAAAAAUGGUGAGGCCAUACGCAGCGAAGGGGAAGAAGCGAAAGACGAGGGAUGAGAAGUACGACAGAGAUGAAGAAGAAUUAGCAGAACAAGUAGAAGUAGAGGAGCCCAAGGGGGUUGACGAAAAUGGAACACAAGAUAAACAGUUUGAACUUGAAGGCAUUCCAAUUGCCCCAACUGAGCCGAACCCGAAAAGCGGGCCUGGGGUCAUCUUUAUACUCGAGAAAGCUUCUUUGGAAAUCGGCAAAGUCGGAAAGACUGAGCAGCUAUUGAAUUCUGAUGAUCACGCGAGUUUCUUGAAGAAGAAGGGGAAAAACCCUGCUCAUUAUAGGCCUGAUAUUCUUCAUCAGGCUCUCCUUAUGGUUUUAGAUAGCCCAAUUAAUAAAGCUGGCAGGUUGCGAUGUGUAUAUGUGAAGACCGAGGACGGUAAACUCAUUGAGAUUAAACCAUUUGUUCGUAUCCCAAGGACAUUUAAGCGGUUCUCUGGUGUCAUGUUGCAGCUGCUACAGAAGUUGAGUAUAUCUGCCGUCGGUAAGCGUGAGAAACUUAUGCGUAUGGUCAAGAACCCUGUGACAGAGUAUUUACCUGUUAACUCCCGAAAAGUGGGACUCUCGUACAGUUCAGAGAAAUUAGUUAGCAUUCAAAAUUAUGUUGCUGCUGCUGACAACAAUACAGACCUUGUUUUUGUGGUCGGCGCAAUGGCUCAUGGCAAAGUUGAGUCGGACUAUACUGAGGAUUUUGUAUCAAUUUGUAGUUAUCCACUGAGUGCUGCGUACUGUAUCACAAUGAUUUGCCAGGCAUUGGCGGGGAAGUGGAACAUUUUGUGAUCAUUUCUACUGAUUUUAGUCAAAAUCAAUGAUAUUAAUGUCUCUGUAAAACGUCCUCUGAAAAAAUAUAGAAUGAUGUAUUCUCAGGAUACUCAAUAGCUUUUGUUUCAGAUAAUGUAUGGGGGAUCUUAUCUAUUAUUUGUCAAAAUUGUUUGUGGUACACAACUUUUACAAUAUACUCGUUAUUUCC